UUCUGCUUGAAUGUUAUAGAGAAACCUCCAAGGAAUCACACAAGAAAACCUCUGUACUCUACUUGCAACAGGCGUCAUCGUUUCCUACUCACAGAGGAAGGAUGCGUUUGUUGUGUGUGUUGGGUCUCUUCGUGGCCCUGCUGCAUCUGUCCACCUCUCUGCUACUCGGAGCCUUCAACAUCAAGUCAUUUGGAGACAAGAAAGCCUCCAACGCAACUCUAAUGAGCCUCAUCAGCACGAUCAUCCACCGUUAUGACAUAAUUCUGAUCCAGGAGGUCAGAGACAAUGAUCUGUCAGCCACCAAAACACUCAUGGAGCAUGUCAACAAAGGUUCUCCUGAGUUCAGGUACGAUUACAUCACCAGUGAGCCUCUGGGUCGCAGCUCCUAUAAGGAGAGAUAUCUCUUCCUGUACAGGGAGCAGACAGUGUCCGUGGUGAAGAACUACACCUACGAUGACGGCUGUGAACCCUGUGGAACAGACACGUUCAUCAGAGAACCUUUUGUUGUCAUGUUUUCCUCUCUCAAAAGCGCUGUGAGGAACUUUGUUCUGAUCCCUCAGCACACCUCCCCAGACUUUGCUUUGAAGGAGACGGACGCUCUGUAUGAUGUGGUGUCUGAUGUCCGCACCCGCUGGAACACCAAUGACAUCGUGCUGCUGGGAGACUUCAACACUGGAUGUAAUUAUGUAUCAGGCUCUGACUGGCAGCAGAUCCGGCUCUUCACUGACAAGAGUUUCCACUGGCUGAUCCCUAAUGAGGCUGACACUACAGUGUCACACACAAACUGCCCUUAUGACAGGAUUGUGGUCACUGCAGACAUGAUGAGGGGAGUAGUGCAAGACAGCGCUGAGGUCUACGACUUCAUGACAGAUUUGAAUCUCAGCCUCAGUCUGGCACUGGGUGUCAGUGACCAUUACCCAGUGGAGGUGAAGCUGGCUCCUGCAACCUGAUUCUUGACUUCGAUAACCAUUAGUGUUUAGCUUGAUGGGAAUUAUGAGUACUCAGAAAAAUAACUCUCAUAAACAAGAUCCAAAUAAAAAAGUAUGCCAAAGUAA